AUGAGCAGCGGAUCUUCAGGGGACGCGUACGCCGAUGACGCCUUUGAGGACGAGGAGCUGGAGAUGGAGACCAUCGACGCGCCUCUAAAUGCUAAUGCGGAGGAUGGCUACUCAGACGACGAGGACUUUGAACGGGAUGAGGCUUCCACGGUACUACUGGACAACCCGCCGGAGGUCGACGUCCCAGCGCUUCGCGGCGAGGAGCUUCAACCGCCGUGCAGUCCAUGCGCACCGCCAGCGCUGCAUGCCUUUGUCGUUGCCAAGCUCCGACGCCUUGGCGCCAAGCCGGUCGACACGCGCUUGCAGGCCCCCGUGCCCGUUGCCCUCUUCGCCCGCCUUGGCCGACCGCAUCAUCCGCCCUCACCGCCAGUAGCGACAAAAAAGCAAGUCGAACAAGGGACUGCUCGUAUACCGCGGGCGCUCGUGGACAAGCUCAAGAUUCAAACGCUCUUGGCCGUGAUGGCCCACGAGACUGCCACGUCACCAACGCGCCAUCGCACGCCGCGAUCUCUCUUUACGUACGCCGCGUACCACACGAGCCGGCUCCACGACCAGGCGUGGGCCAGCCACAUCGACGCGCUCUACGCGCGGCGUCCGGAUCCGCUUGCGAUCGCCGCCGCCGCCAUGAGUGCGCUGCGUCCUGCCUACGCGCCUCUAAAUCCCCUUACGCGCCGCUAA